ACGGCCGCGGCCCAUGGGACGCCAAUGGCUGCCGCGACCUGGACCUGGAUGGCCUGGAUGGCGGCCUGGCUCCUUCUCGCCUGUGUGGCUUCGAAAAUCGAUGAAGGGCCGGAGCUGGUGUCGAAGCAGCUGGUGGAAGAAGCCGCCUUAGAGGCAACGUUCUUCGAUUUCAAGGAGAAGUACGGCGUGGCUGACAUGCGGACACUGGAAGUCUUCUUCAAACUUUUUGACUUAUGGAUCAUGCUCUAUCGCCUCAACAAGAUCGAUGAGGCCUUGACCGAAGUUCUGCCAGCGUGCCGCUGGCGGCAAGACGACUUUACGAUCAAGGCGAAACAGGCCCUGGCGUUCACGCGCUGGAAGCAGGGUCGGCAUCGAGAAGCCUUGGCCCAUUUCCAUGACAUGGAAGGGUCGCUUGGGAAGACGUCUGCUCUAUGUGAAAACAUUGGCCACACUUACAAUGCGCUUGGAAUGCCCAAAGAGGCAGAGCAUUACUUCAAUCAGAGUCUCGCCUUAGUCACUGUCAAACUCAACAACGAAUCCUUGGACAAUUUAGGUGGAUCAAUGCUGGGCUUCGCUGGUAUCUAUGAAAAACGAGAGCAGUGGCCUGAAGCGCGGCGGGCGGCGCUGGACGCGUAUAAUUUCUACACCGCUCGGGACUUGGAUCGGGGCUGGGCAUCAUCACUGACGGCCAAAGCCGCAAUGGCCCUGAGUAAAAUCGACUUGAAACUUGGCAACUUGCAGGAAGCACUGAAAAAGACAGAGGAGGCCGUAUCGCUCUUCAAGUCCACCAGUGGCAGUGACUCUCCGUUGCUCUCGGGCGCCUACAAGCGUCUUGGAGAAAUCUACACGCGCAAGGAGAUGUGGGUCGAGGCUCGGGACUUCUUCCACAAAGCUUAUAAGCUGGAGGCCAUCAAGGAUGCCUUCGACCUAGUCGAGAUUGUGGUCAUCCAUCAAGGCUUGAUGGAUGCCCACUUGGGCCGGGGUCCUUUGCAGCGUACGGUCUUCAAGACUUACUUUCGCACCGUCACAGAGGUGUUGAAGCGUGUGAAGUCCUUGAAACAAGACGGAAAUACGGGUGCCUACUACAAGUUGGCAGCCGAGAUGUUUGUGCUUGGCGAUGACUGCAAGGCCGGCCUGCCGCUGCUGUCUAUGGCCGUGUCGUUGCUGAUGGCAGAGUCCUCCAUCGACACGAAGCCAAUGGUGAAAUCCAGCCGUGAUUUGAUCAGCUACUGUAAAGGUGAGACCAAGCAUUUGGAGGAACAAUUUUUAAAAAACGAAUUAUAGCUUCGAGGAAAAAAA